UUUGAACCUGUCACGUUGGUCCAAAAGCGGCAGCUCGAACCACUACAUGAUGUAGGUAUUAAUAUAUGUUGAAAUAGACAAGGCGCAUAAGGCUCUGCUAAUCGAAUAAAAAAUUACACUAAUUUGUAUCAUUUUGUGAAAGAAAAGAGUGCAGUGAGUGCGGGUACAGUGAGUGAGAGCUGGGGGGGGGGGGCAGAGUCGCGCAGGGUCCAAAAGGGUUAAAAGUGAAGCGAAAGUAACUUUGUUUCAGUUCGAGUGCGAUUCGCGACCCGGGAAAGUGACGCCUGAGUGUGGUCCAAAAGAGAGCGAAAGCAAAAAAGAAAAAAAAAAAAAAAAAAAGAAAAAAGAAAGAAGGAGAAAAAGGAAAAAAGGUGCAUUUCGCGCGUGCAGCGGAGGCGUUCGCUCCUCGGAUCGCGGUAGCGCGAGGCAGCGCGUGGCAGCCCGAGGCAGCGAUCGAACCCGGGCUCGUGCUCCGCGUGCGCCUCCACACACACAGGUCAACAGAACUCCAAGUGAGCGUCAGCGAUGCCUUCGAAGAAGUACUGCCCGCUGGGUGCAAUAGCGGAGCGGGACCAGGUGGGGGCGACGGCGGCGGUGAACGGAGACGUGGCGCCCGAGGUGGAGCGACAGCUGGAGGCUGAGGGGGCGCCAGAGAUGAGCAAAGGGAACAGCCCCCUGACGGCCGCCGAGCCGCCGUCACCCGCCAGCCCCCGGCAGAACGGCGAAACGACAACCCCCGACCUCAGCGACAAGCUCUCCGGCUGUCGGAAACGCAGCAGGCGGAGCUCCGAGGUGGAGGACAAGGGCGGCUGGGAUACCUCACCUAGCCAGAUCCGCGUGAACCUGAGACAGAGGCCCUCCCCCAGGACCAUAUUCCAAGCGGGGUUCGCGCCCCACGGUGUUGCUCACCGAGAGCAGGACAGCGGGGGACGGGCCAAGCGGAGGCAGGACAGCCCCACGGGGGUGGUUACCUGUCCCCCACCUGAGGAUCCCGCAAUGAAGCUGCAGGAGCAGGACUCCAAAGACUCCGCCCAAGUGGCGGUCUGCCCCUCCCCCUCUUCUUCCUCCUGCACCUCGUCCACCGCUGCAGACUGCUCUGCUCAGCCCGAGUACAAGGACAGCAAGGGCUUCGGCGUCGGAGAGCUCGUCUGGGGGAAGAUCCGCGGUUUCUCCUGGUGGCCGGGCGUCGUGGUGACCUGGCGGGCCACGGGCAGGAGGCGGGCCACCCACGGCAUGCGCUGGCUCCGGUGGUUCGGCGACGGAAAGUUCUCCGAGGUGUCUGCGGACAAACUGGACUCCAUAACGGCCUUCCCCAAGUACUUCAGCCAGGCCUCCUACACCAAGCUGGCGUCCUACCGCAGGGCUGUCUUCCAGGCGCUGGAGGUGGCGGGCGCCCGCGCGGGCCGCGCCUUCCCUCCAGGUGAGCAGGGUGCCGGCGAGGACCCCACGAAGCCCAUGCUGGAGUGGGCCAAAGGGGGGUUCCUGCCCGAGGGCUCCGAAGGACUCAGACCUGUAGCCACAAGUGCAGAGAGCGGUGACCUGGCUCCCCCGGUUCUGGACAUGGGCUUAUCCGAGUACUUCCCUCUGGCCAAGAGACAGAAGCCCAGUCCGGGAAAGACGAAGGCUGCCGAAGAGGAGGCCCGCAGCAGAGAACAAAUGGUUCAUGAAGUCGUGAAGAAUAACAGAAGUAUUGAAGAGUUUUGCCUCGCGUGUGGAAAAACGAAAGUCGUGACCUUCCACCCGCUGUUUGAAGGAGGACUGUGUGUAAAAUGCAAGAAUGUGUACCUAGAGAUCUCCUACAUGUACGAUGACGACGGCUACCAGUCGUACUGCACUGUGUGCUGCGGAGGACGCGAGGUCCUCCUGUGUGGGAACACCAACUGUUGCAGGUGCUUCUGCAUAGACUGCCUGGACGUGCUGGUGGGUGCAGGGGUAUCUGCAAGUGCGCGGGCGCUCGACCCCUGGCAUUGCUACGUGUGCCAGCCCUCGCAGAGCAGCGCCGCCCUCCGGUGCCGCCCUGACUGGAGCCAGAAGCUGCAGGAGUUCUUCGCCAGCGACCACGACCCGGACUUUGAACCGCCCAUGACUUACCCGGCGGUGCCGGCCGAGCAGAGGAAACCCAUCCGCGUUCUGUCUCUGUUUGACGGCAUCGCCACUGGUUAUUUGGUGCUGAAGGAUCUGGGCUUCAAGGUGGAUCAGUACAUCGCCUCCGAGAUCUGCGAAGACUCCAUCUCUGUGGGUGUCGUGCGACAUGAAGGAAAGAUCCAGUACGUGCACGACGUACGCAACAUUACGAGGAAGAACAUUGAAGAAUGGGGCCCGUUUGACCUGGUCAUUGGUGGGAGUCCGUGUAACGACCUGUCCAUUGUGAACCCGGCCCGGAAGGGACUGUACGAGGGAACAGGGCGGCUCUUCUUCGAGUUCUACCGCCUUCUUAGUGUGGCUCGGCCCAAACCUGGUGACCAGCGGCCCUUCUUCUGGCUCUUUGAGAACGUCGUGGCGAUGGGCGUCAAUGACAAGAGGGACAUCUCCCGCUUCCUGGAGUGCAACCCUGUGAUGAUAGAUGCCAUCGAGGUGUCCGCCGCCCAUCGUGCCCGCUACUUCUGGGGCAACCUGCCUGGGAUGAACAGGCCUCUGUGCGCCUCAGGGAUGGAUAAACUCCAGCUUCAGGACUGUCUGGAACACGGACGGGUGGCCAAGUUCGGGAAGGUGCGAACCAUCACCACCCGCUCCAACUCUAUCAAGCAGGGCAAAGAUCAGCACUUCCCUGUCAUCAUGAACGGCAAGGAGGAUGUGUUGUGGUGCACAGAGAUGGAGCGGAUCUUCGGGUUCCCCGUACACUACACCGACGUGUCCAACAUGGGCCGGGGUGCAAGGCAGAGGCUUCUGGGCCGGUCCUGGAGCGUUCCCGUGAUCCGACACCUGUUUGCCCCUCUCAAGGAUUAUUUCGCCUGCGAAUAGCCCAACCCCCUUCCCUUCGUGCAGCGCACAGGGGAACAGUUGGCUGAGAGGAGGAAGCGUAGGGAGUUCCCCAGCUGGCCCAACGUGACAGGGGACUGAGCUGUCACCAAACAGGAAGGUGCUGUCGCUGGGGAACACUGGCUCCUCCAGGCUUUACGAGAUAAAGAGGACCCAAGCAAUGUGGGAUUUGUCUCUGAUCGCAAUGUUAGUAUGGAAGCCCUGCUCCCUGCGGGUGAACCGCGGGGGCAUUUCUAAUCGGUGCCUUAGACAGACAAUCCAGAGAAGCUUUUCCUGUCAGUUAUACCUCACAUGGAGUCAACUACAUACUGCACUCACUUUUAGUGUUCUUUCCUCUCUAAACUGUGACGUUUCUGUCCCGAGCUCCCUUCGAAUGACAUUUCUUUCUUCCGAAAAACCAACGUGGUUUGUGACCGCUUUAAUUUUCUUCAUUUUAAAUACUUUUAUUUG